CACUUCUGCUGUCCGAUCACGCGUCGGUGCGCGAAAAUGGCGGAUUCCGGGGGCGAGAGCUCUAGCAGCAGCAGCUCGUCGGACACCCUUCUUGUGCGGAAGCAACGACUCCUCAGUUCAAGUGAUGUGAAGAAGCCGACUGUGCAUGCACCAGACUCAAUUUGCGAUCGAUGCGACGCUCUGCUCGACAAUGGCUCCAUCAUCCUCGCGUGCACCGGCGCGUGCUUUCGCAAAUUCCACAUUGCGUGUUGCCCCAACGAGAUUCAAUCGUCGUCAUGGCAGUGCGUCGACUGUCGGACAAACUCACACCCUUGCUUUGUGUGCCAGGAAACAACGAGGAAUCACCCCGACGAUCCCGUCGUGGCUUGUCGCGCUGCCGGGUGCGGCAAGUUUUACCACCUGGCAUGUGUGACGCGUCUGCCGUUGACCCGUGUCCUCGAAGGCGUCGCUGCGUUCAUAUGUCCGCUUCACACGUGUCAUCAAUGCGAAGGGCAGAGUCAUGGCGGCGCGGCCGAUCAAGCCAUCCGGUGCACGCGGUGUCCACGGGCCUACCACGCUACAUGCUUCCCCCCAUCUGGGUUUGAACGUCUUUGCUCGACACGCGGCCUCUGCCAUGCCCACUUCGGCGCCGCGACGGACGACGACGACGACAAAAGAACGAAAAAAGAGCACAAAAAAGACAAAAAAGACAAGAAAAAGAAGAAGAAAAAGGACAAAAAGCAAAAAAAGGACAAAAAGAGCGUCAACGACGAGACAUACACUCCUCCUCCUCCUCGUCCUGCCAACCCACCGGUGGAACCCCAAGUCUCGACUGGUCCCGACGACGUGCCCAUGCCUCAUACGAUCCUUCCGACCGCUCCUCAAAUCUCCUCGUUGCCGUCAUGUCUCCCUCUGUUUCGACCCCUCCAAGAACGCGCAAAGUCUGGCGGCCUCAAGCCCCCGCCGCUCGUCGUCGUAGCGCCGCUUCAACCCCCACCGCCCCUCGCCCUUCCGCCCAUCGAGUCGCCUCCACCGCUAAACAUCACGAUUCCAACCAGUCAGCAUGUCGUCCCCUCCGACGCGACCGAUGACGACGCUGCCAAGGCGCUGAGUGCCCGCAACAAGAAGAAAAAGAAGCGCAAGCGCGUGCGCGCGUCCGCGGUGCUCCUCACGCCCACCGAGGAAGACGCCAAAUGGGUCCAAUGCGACCGCUGCAAAAAGUGGCGCACGGUGCCGCCACAGCUGGACCUGUCGGCCAUGUCCAACACGGCGUGGUACUGCAUCAUGAACGACUGGGACGUCCGGUACGCGUCAUGCGAUGUGCCCGAGGAGGUUGUCGAGCCCAAAGCCAAGAAAGCCAAGCUCAAUGAUGACAUGGACGAUGACAACGAUGUACCUAUCAUGGCCCCAGGGACGCCCCCGUCCGCCGCCGCCGCAGCGCCGCCGCCCGUAUCGAUCAAGCCUGAACAACCCGACGGGAUGAAAAAGGAAACCAAACUCACCAAGAAGCAGCGCGCCAAGCUCAAAUCGACGGUGCAGCGGGGCAAACUGGCAACGCCCGCCCUGCCUGGUGGUGUCGACAGCAGCGCCAAAGAGAUCGAGUGGGUCCAGUGCGAAAGCAAAACGUGCGGCAAGUGGCGCGUCGUGCCGCCCUCGAUUGACAUUGCGUCGUUGCCCAUCAAGUGGUACUGCUCCCUCAACACGUGGGCCCCAUCCCUUGCCACGUGCGCGGCAGAGAAUCCGUCCGACGUCGAGUCGCUGUGGCAGAGCAAGGCGGUCAAGUCCCCGCCGCCGCCGCCCUCGAAACAGCCGCCCCGCCAGGGAAAAGGAAGCCCUCGGCACCAAAGCCUACACCUCCAAGGAGCGCUUCCGACGGUGGGCGAUGCGGUGGUCGCGGCGGCGGCGCUGGCGUUGCCGUCGUCUGUGGACAGUCCGUCGGGUCACGUCGAUAGCCCCGUCGGUGGCAAAAACAAAAAGAUCAAACCCCCCGAGCUGAUUCCAGUGCUCGAGUGGGCGCAGUGUGAAAAGUGCAACAAGUGGCGCAAACUCCCAGCGCAUGUCAAGUCGGUGAACCUUCCGGACAAAUGGUUUUGUUCCAUGAACCAUUGGAACCCAGCGGUUGCGAGUUGCAGUGUUCCCGAAGAGACGGACCACGAACCAGUGCCAGCCAGGGUGCCCAUGCCGAUUGGCCCUCGGCCAAAGCGAGGCAAACUUAGCUACAGGGAACUGCUGUAUGCUGGCAACGGCCAUCUACGCAAAGCGUUCACGGACGAGUCAUCUACGUUGUCGUUUGAAUUCGAAGGCACGCUGUUUCACCGAGACGACCAGUACCGCAAAAGCUCCAUGUAUUUGGCCCCCAUGGCGUCGAUGCUGGCGCCGUCAAAUCCGCCCAACUCGCCACUUGCCACGCCCGACAUCGGCGACGGAGAGGCCGCCGACUUGACCGGUCCAGAACUAGACACGUUGAAGCGUUGCGUGGUCGCCGUUCUCAAACAAGCCGACUCGCGCGGCAAGAGCAUCGUCGACCUCGUGGCCGCCCUGCACAGUGACAAGGGGGCGGUGCCAACUACUGCCCCCCCGUCGUCAUCGUCGGCGUUCUACUCGUACGCGGCGGUGGAUCGUGCCGUGCAGGCGAUGGUCGCGUCGGGGGAUAUGGAGGCGUUCCAGGACGAACGGCUGGUUACGGUGACCGUGCCGAUAAAGAUCAGCUCGUACGCGAGUGCGUACUAUGUGGCGGGGGAGAACAACCACGAGACCCGCACGUGGAAAGAGCGGCACACGGGGCCCCACUUGCUCUAUCGGCGCAAAAUCCAGUACAAGCAACCGCUCAAGAUGGCCAAGCCGUGGAAGCAAAAGGGGUUUACAGGAUGGACAAAAACGACGACAACGCUUUCUUGAAUACAUCUCAAAAACAAAGAUAAUAUCGAGUUACGG